AUGCAAAAUAUUAAAUGUGUUGUUGUUGGUGAUGGUGCAGUUGGUAAAACCUGUAUGUUAAUUUCAUAUACUACAAAUGGUUUUCCAUCAGAAUAUAUUCCAACAGUUUUUGAUAAUUAUUGUGCAAAUUUGAUGUUGGAAGGUAAGCCCUAUAGUCUUGGACUUUGGGAUACUGCAGGUCAAGAAGAUUAUGAUCGUUUAAGACCAUUAUCAUAUCCACAUACUGAUGUAUUUUUAAUUUGUUUUUCAAUUAUUUCACAAGCAUCAUUUGAAAAUGUUACAACAAAAUGGUUUAAAGAAGUUAAUCAUCAUGCUCCUGGUGUACCAAUAAUUUUAGUUGGUACAAAACAAGAUAUUAGAAAUGAUAAUGAUUCAAUUAAAAAAUUAAAAGAAAAGAAUAUUGAAUUAGUACCAUAUGAAAAAGGUUUAGAAAAAGCAAAAGAAAUUAAUGCAAUCUAUUUAGAAGCUUCAGCUUUAACUCAAAGAGGUAUUAAAGAUGUUUUUGAUCAAUGUAUUAGAUCUGUAAUAUAUCCAAAUAAAUUAAUUAAAAAACCAAAGAAGAAGAGUUGUACUAUAAUGUAA